CGCCCCCGCGAGCCGCCGCGCCCCCCGGCCCGGCCGUGCGGCCCGCCGGGGCCAUGGCGAAGAAGAGCGCCGAGAACGGCAUCUACAGCGUGUCCGGCGACGAGAAGAAGGGCCCCCUGAUUGCGCCCGGGCCCGACGGGGCCCCGGCCAAGAGCGACGGCCCCGCGGGCCUGGGGGCUCCUGGCGGCCGCCUGGCCGUGCCACCGCGUGAGACCUGGACGCGCCAGAUGGACUUCAUCAUGUCGUGCGUGGGCUUCGCCGUGGGCCUGGGCAACGUGUGGCGCUUCCCCUACCUGUGCUACAAGAACGGCGGAGGUGUAUUCCUUAUCCCUUAUGUCCUGAUCGCUCUGGUUGGAGGAAUCCCCAUUUUCUUCUUGGAGAUCUCGCUGGGCCAGUUCAUGAAGGCCGGCAGCAUCAACGUCUGGAACAUCUGCCCCCUGUUCAAAGGCCUGGGCUACGCCUCCAUGGUCAUCGUCUUCUACUGCAACACCUACUACAUCAUGGUGCUGGCCUGGGGCUUCUACUACCUGGUCAAGUCCUUCACCACCACGCUGCCCUGGGCCACCUGCGGCCAUACCUGGAACACCCCCGACUGUGUGGAGAUCUUCCGCCAUGAAGACUGUGCCAAUGCCAGCCUGGCCAACCUCACAUGUGACCAGCUUGCUGACCGCCGGUCCCCUGUCAUCGAGUUCUGGGAGAACAAAGUCUUGCGGCUCUCCGGGGGGCUGGAGGUGCCAGGGGCCCUCAACUGGGAGGUGACCCUGUGUCUGCUGGCCUGCUGGGUGCUGGUCUACUUCUGCGUCUGGAAGGGGGUCAAGUCCACGGGAAAGAUCGUGUACUUCACCGCAACAUUCCCCUACGUGGUCCUCGUCGUGCUCCUGGUGCGGGGGGUGCUGCUGCCCGGCGCCUUGGACGGCAUCAUCUACUAUCUCAAGCCUGACUGGUCGAAGCUGGGGUCCCCUCAGGUGUGGAUAGAUGCCGGGACCCAGAUUUUCUUCUCCUAUGCCAUCGGCCUGGGGGCCCUGACGGCGCUGGGCAGCUACAACCGUUUCAACAACAACUGUUACAAGGACGCCAUCAUCCUGGCUCUCAUCAACAGCGGGACCAGCUUCUUCGCUGGCUUCGUGGUCUUCUCCAUCUUGGGCUUCAUGGCCGCAGAGCAGGGCGUGCACAUCUCCAAGGUGGCGGAGUCGGGGCCAGGCCUGGCCUUCAUCGCCUACCCCCGGGCCGUCACGCUGAUGCCUGUGGCCCCGCUCUGGGCUGCCCUGUUUUUCUUCAUGCUGCUGCUGCUCGGCCUGGACAGCCAGUUUGUAGGUGUGGAAGGCUUCAUCACUGGCCUGCUCGACCUCCUCCCGGCCUCCUACUACUUCCGUUUCCAAAGGGAAAUCUCUGUGGCCCUCUGCUGUGCCCUCUGCUUUGUCAUCGACCUCUCCAUGGUGACCGAUGGCGGGAUGUAUGUCUUCCAGCUGUUUGACUACUACUCCGCCAGCGGCACGACCCUGCUCUGGCAGGCCUUUUGGGAGUGCGUGGUGGUCGCCUGGGUGUACGGAGCAGACAGGUUCAUGGAUGACGUGGCCUGCAUGAUCGGGUACCGACCUUGCCCCUGGAUGAAAUGGUGCUGGUCCUUCUUCACCCCACUGGUCUGCAUGGGCAUCUUCGCCUUCAACGUGGUGUACUACAAGCCGCUGGUCUACAACAACACCUACGUGUACCCGUGGUGGGGCGAGGCCAUGGGCUGGGGCUUCGCGCUCUCCUCCAUGCUGUGUGUGCCCCUGCACCUCCUGGGCUGCCUCCUCAGAGCCAAGGGGACCAUGGCUGAGCGCUGGCAGCACCUGACGCAGCCUGUGUGGGGCCUCCACCACUUGGAGUAUAGAGCUCAGGACUCGGAUGUCAGGGGCCUGACCACCCUGACCCCAGUGUCCGAGAGCAGCAAGGUGGUGGUGGUGGAGAGCGUCAUGUGACAGGCGCCCCGGCUCCCAUCACCAGCUCACCCUCUUGUAGCCAUAGCAGCCCCUGCUUUAGCCCCCCCACCCCUCCCGGGGGGGCUUGCCUUUCCCUGACACUUUUGGGGUCUGCCGGGGGGGGGGGAGUGGGAGGAAGCACCACGAGUGCUAACUAAAAUAACUUUUUCCAUUUUUAAUAAAAUGCCAAAAAUACCACAACCCACCAAAAAUAGAUGCCUCCCGACCCACCCCGCAACGGAGCUGGUACGCACGCUGCUUCCCAGGCCCUGCCCACCGCGCCCCCGCCCCAUGCCCGCUGCAGCUGUGUCUACCCCCCCCCCGCCCGCCCCAGCACGCCUGCCCCUCCGGGCUCUGCCCGACGCUCCCUCGGGUGGCCCAUCCACCCCAGAGGUGGCAGUGGCAGCUGGGGGACCAGGGCGGGAGAGCCAAGGCGGCUACUUCAGCUGGGCCCCACCCCUCUCCCCGUCCCUCUUCUAGAAGCUUAGAGAGCCAGCCAGCAACGGGACCGUCCGGUUCCUGCGCCAGUUGCCACCAAUAUCAGUUGUGUGAGCUUGUGUACGAAUGCAUGUGUGCGUGAGUAUGUAGGGUGAACCUCGAUCUCUUAGCCAAGGUCACUACCAGGUGUAAACUGUGCCUGUGGGCAAACGAGGCUUGUAUUUUGCACAUUUUAUAAAAACUUGAGGAAAGAGA